AUGGAGUUAACAAUCGCGGAAGCUUUACACUGGAGCUUUAGAGACGGCGCCACCAUGAUUGUCUAUCUCUGUCUGACCUCUUUCUCUGCCUGGUGUUUUGUAACGUAUCUCAAUUCUCCUUUGCGCAGCUUUCCCGGUCCCUUUCUUGCCGGAUGGACAAACCUGUGGCGAAUGUUCCAUGUGCGGCAGGGGCAGUCACAGCGAGUGAUCCAGGAGCUGCACAGGAAGUACGGUCCAGUGGUACGCAUCGCGCCCAACGUCUUGGAUCUGGAUAUCCCCGACUUGAUCCGGACAAUCUACAGCACAAAGGCCGAUUAUGUCAAGACCGAGUUUUACCACGGGAGCAGUGCCAAAAGUAACGGCAAGAUUAUCUACAAUCUCUUCAGCGAGUGCCAACCCGAGGUCCAUGCACGGCAGAAACGACCUAUCUCCAAGCACUAUUCGAUGACCGGAGUGUUGCCCCUGGAACCCCAUAUCGAUGAAAUGAUCCGGUACCUCUGUCAGCGGCUAGAAGAAAAGUUCAUUAAUGCAUCCGGCGCCGCCAAAACAUGCGACCUUGGCGAAUGGAUCACUUUCUAUACCUGGGAUGUGGUCGGCAAGGCAACUUUCAGCCAGCCCAUUGGAUACCUGGAAAAAGGCUAUGACUUUGAUAACACUUUGGGCACCGCCGAUGCGGCAAUGGACUACUUUUCCUUGGUGGGCCAGUUACCCAUCCUGGAUCGUUUGCUGGACAAGAACCCCGUUUACCGUAUUGGCCCACCAUCCUUCGGCAACAUCACCAACAUAUCGAUCCAACACCUAGUGGAUCGGCUCCAGGGCAAAGACACAGAUUUCCAUGACCCUGCAAAGCCUGAUUUCCUUGAUAACUUCAUUGAGGCCAAGGAGCGGUUCCCCGACGUCGUGGAUGACGUGCAGAUUAUUUCCUAUCUCAUGAUUAACAUGAUUGCAGGAGCCGACACAACGGCUGUCACAUUGAAUGCGGCGCUAUAUCUUUCCUUGAAGAACCCGCGCGUUUGGCACCGCCUCAGAGCCGAGAUUCCCAGCUACGACCCAUUAUCGAACCCCCCGGUUGUGCAGUAUAAAACGACCAAGGAAUAUCCAUACCUGGAGGCCGUGAUCCGAGAGGCAAUGAGAUGUCAUCCGGGGGUGGCGAUGCUUCUCGAACGAUACGUUCCACAGGGCGGCCUGGCCCUCCCCGACGGACGAUUUGUACCUGCAGGCUGCAUCGUCGGCAUGAACCCCUAUAUAGUGGGCCGUAAUAGGUCUGUUUGGGGCGAAGAUGCCGACGUUUUUCGUCCCGAGCGCUGGUUGUGCGACGAUGUACGCGAGACCGAAGAAGCUUUUCAAGAACGUUUGCGACGGAUGAACGCUGCCGAUCUGACAUUUGGGGGCGGGAGUCGAGUUUGUAUUGGGAAGCAUCUGGGAUUGCUGGAAGUGUACAAGGUGCUGGCCACGCUAGUGUCUCGUUACAAUAUCGAACUAGCGAGCCCCAAGGAAGACUGGAGCACCCACAAUAGCUUCUUCUUUCGGCAGACGGGGAUCGAAGUGAAGUUGUCUCGGCGGACCUAG